AUGGAAGUUCAAAUGAUAAAUAGUGUAAAAACGGCUUUAGAUGUACUAAUUGCUAAAGAGAAAAUAAAAACUCCUGUAAAAUUAGAUGUAAAUAAAGGUUCCGAUGUAGGAGAUGGAUUUAUAUCGAAAAAUUACGCAGUUUCAAUUAAAGGUAAUGAUGAUAAAACAUUAAGUUUAUUCGUAAAAUAUUUGCCAGAAGAAAUCAGUGGAGUCUUUAAAACCAUUUUUGUAAAAGCUUUUCAAACUGAACGUAGAUUUUACGAAGAAAUAUAUCCAGAGUUUAAUAAAUUUCAAUUAAACAAAAAAAUUAAUGAUCCAUUUAAUAAUAUUCCUGAGUAUUAUAAAACGAAGGUUAAUAACGGUGACGCACCUUUAAUUAUUAUGGAAAAUUUAAAAUGUUUAAAUUACAUUUUAAGAGAUGUUAAAACUCCUAUUGAUGAUUCUCAUUUGAGAUCAAUAAUCAAUAAUAUCAAUAAAAGCUUAUGCUAG